ACGAAGAUGGCGGCGGUGUCAGUUCUCAAUGAAAACAACGAGGUGGCUCGAAAGUUCCACGCGUUGCUGUUCAACAUAUCUGCGGCGAAGAGCCUGCAGAACAUAGUCAAGAGCAAUUUGGGGCCCCGGGGGACGCUGAAGAUGUUGGUGUCUGGAGGGGGGGACAUCAAGCUCACGAAGGACAGCGGCAACUUGUUGAAGGAGGUGUACAUUCAGCACCCGACGGCGUCGUUGAUAGCGAGGACGGUGGGGGUGCAGGACGAGAUAACGGGGGACGGGACCACGUCGAUAGCGUUGUUGAUAGGCGAGUUGCUGUCGCAGUCGGAGAGGUUGUUGGCGGAGGGGAUGCACCCGAGGUUGUUGGCGGAGGGGUUUGAGGUGUCGAAGAGUCACUUGAUGAAGUGGAUUGACGAGAUCAAGGUGAAGAAGGACUGGAGGGACCACGAGUUUUUGACGUCCUUGGCGAGGACGUCUUUGCGUACGAAGUUGGACCGCGAAUUGGCGGACAGGUUGGCCGAUAUAGUGGUGGAUGCGGUGCUGACGAUCAAGCGAGACGACGAGCCGAUUGACCUGCACAUGAUCGAGACCAACCUGCACAUGUUGCACAGGACGGAAAUGGACACGCAGUUGAUAAAGGGCUUGGUGAUGGACCACGGGGCCAGACACUCGGGGAUGCCUAAGAGGGUGACCAACGCGCACAUUUUGACCUGCAACGUGUCGUUCGAGUAUGAGAAGACGGAGGAGACGGGGAUAGGGAUGUGGAAGGUGCCGGAAGAGAGAGACCGAAUGAUCGAGGGCGAACGUCGAUUCACGGACAACAGGGUGUUGAAAGUCAUCGAGUUGAAGCGCUCGGUCUGCAAGGAGGGCGAGGGCUUCGUGGUAGUCAACCAGAAGGGGAUCGACCCGAUCGCGCUGGACAUGUUGGCCAAGGAGGGAAUUUUGGCGCUUCGCCGCGCGAAAAGAAGAAACAUGGAGCGUCUGACGAGAGCGUGCGGCGGGCUCGCCGUCAAUUCGGUGGACAACCUUUCUCCGGAGGUUUUGGGAUUCGCCGGACUCAUAUAUGAGCACACUCUAGGCGAAGAGAAGUACACCUUUGUCGAACAAGUUUCGAAUCCGUUUUCCUGUACUAUUUUGUUCAAAGGACCGAACCUAUACGGAAUCAACCAAAUCAAAGACGCCGCCAGAGACGGGCUCAGAAACGUCAAGAGCGCCAUCGAGGACUCGUACGUUCUUCCCGGUGCCGGCGCGUUCGAAAUGGCCGCCCACUCGGAACUCAUGCGGCUCAGGGACUCCUACCAAUCUUCCUCGACCUCCCUGGGUGUCAAGCUAGGCAUCGAGGCGUUCGCGAAGUCUCUGCUGAUCAUCCCGAGAACUCUGGCCGCCAACAGCGGGUUCCAGCCCGUAGAAACGCUUCUGCUCCUCGAAAACGAGCACCAACAAGGACACCUCGUGGGACUGAACACGGAAACCGGAGACACCAUGGACCCCUCGGUAGAAGGCAUAUGGGACAGUCUCGCGGUAAAAACCCACCUACUAGAGUCGUCCUGCCUGGUCGCCUCCCAACUGCUCCUCGUCGACGAAGUCCUUAAGGCCGGCAAAGCAACCACCACCUGAAAAAAUUAAAUAAACCCCACA